UUUAAUGUUGCUCACAAGACGCAGAUUCGUCUUUCGCAUACUUUCUAAGUAGAGUUUUCACGUGUGGAGAAUAAGGUGGGAAUAUGAGCUGCUUGUAGCAGACUUCAACGGAAAAACUCCCCAGAAUAUCUUCAGUACUGCAGUUAGCUUUACUAUUACUCUCAGCAUGGCAAGUGAGCAGGAGGUAUCAGCAGUGGGCAAGAUUCUAGCCAAUCCAAAGCAGGACCUGACAACACGGUUCCGAGCUCUCUUCACCCUGCGUAACAUUGGUGGCCCAGAGGCCAUUAAAUGGAUCAGUCAGACUUUUGUGGAUGACUCCGCUCUAUUGAAACAUGAGCUUGCAUACUGCUUGGGCCAAAUGCAGGAUGAGAGGGCCAUCCCCACACUAGAGAUUGUUCUAAAAGACAGAACACAAGAACCUAUGGUGAGGCAUGAAGCAGGGGAAGCCCUGGGAGCAAUUGGAAACCCCAGGGUCCUUGAUUUACUGAAAGAGUACUCCGAGGACCCAGUUAUUGAGGUGGCAGAGACGUGUCAGUUGGCUGUCAGGCGGUUGGAGUGGCUGAUGUGUGGUGGGGACAGGAAAGGAGAGAAGGGCACUGAAGGAAACCCCUACUGUUCUGUGGACCCUGCUCCAGCUGCCCGGAAGAAGACUGUCAGUGAGCUUCGGACACAGCUGCUGGAUGAGAGUUUGAUGCUUUUUGAGCGCUACAGGGCCAUGUUUGCCCUUCGGAACCUGGGCACUGAGGAGGCUGUCCUGGCUCUAGGAGAUGGACUUCAAUGUAGCAGUGCCUUGUUCCGCCAUGAGAUUGGCUUUGUCCUGGGUCAGAUGCAGCAUCCAGCAAGCAUCCCGCAGCUGAAGGCAGCCUUGGAGCUGGACGGGGAGAAUGCUAUGGUGAGGCACGAGUGUGCCGAGGCCCUCGGGUCCAUCGGCAAGGAGGAGUGUAUGAAGAUCCUGGAGCAGUACAGGAAGGACAAAGAUCGUGUGGUGAAGGAGAGUUGUGAGGUAGCACUGGACAUGCUGGAGUAUGAGAACAGCACACAGUUCCAGUAUGCUGAUGGUUUAUUAAGGCUGCAGGGGGAGCAGUAAGAGUCACACAGCCAUCAUGGAAAGUGGAAACUAUAGGAGAACUGCUAUACACCAAUAGACAAGCUUUUCAUAUGUCGUGAUCAAUGAUACACAUUUUCACUCAUUGAAACUCUUGUCUGUGGUUACUGGCCACUUUGAGACAAUGCUGUUUAAUCUUUUAAUUAUAGGACCUUUUUAGGGAAGUUCUAUAACUUCUAUACCCCAUUAAUUAUGCCCUCAUUAUGUACCAUAAAUGUUCAAUUCAGAAUGUUUUGUUAAUAAGUGUCUUAUUACAAUUGGAAUUAUUUUGGUCAUUAGUGAAAAUAAACAGAGCUUUUAUUUAAUAA